UGUUCGUCAUUAGCGAGCGCCAAACAGGAUAAGUGCAUAAUAUCUCCAUGGCAUGAAUACUUUUGAGCAGCAGUUGCUCCUGUUGUUGAGAGCAUAUAUCUAUGGUUUAGAGUGUGAUCUUACAAACAAUAGUUAGUGAUUAUUUACUUGUAAAACAAAAAAUAUGCCGACAAUGUGUGCAGCAGUAGGUUGUUAUCAGAAGGCGAAACGCGGAUCGUAUGUGAAAUUUUACACUUUUCCGCGUGAUCCCGUAAGAAGAAAACGGUGGAUCUCUGCUGUGAAACGCGAGGGAUGGACACCAGCUUCUCACAGCAAAUUGUGCAGUAUGCACUUUAUUACAGGCAGACGAAGCGACGACCCUUUGUCACCAGAUUAUGUACCAUCUUGGUUCGCACACACCACAACGGAGGAAAAGGAAAAGUCAAUGGCGUCGAUGAGGAGAUAUAAACGGAGCCAAGAAGCUCAUCCAAGGAAAGACGCUUCCUUGUCUGAACCCGCAGUAGCCACAUUGGGUUCUUAUCGAACCGGAUUCCUGGCUGCCAGUUUAGGGAAAGACAGGCCUGUGUAUGCAUCUUUCCCCUCUCUGUGUGAGGAGUAUGUGAAGCGGUCGCUCAUGGAAGUCCAAACUUUAUCCAGAAAUAUUGUGUCAUCAACCCAUGAAGUGUCGGGCACCCCUGCUGAUGAGGAUAAAGAGAAACUACAUCCCACCAGCUUUCAUGAACAGUACUGUCUGCCAGAGAGCAUUCAGUGGACCAAAGGAGCUUGGGAAAAAGUGAACCGAGAGAAAUUUCAGACCAAAAGGAAAAAACGCUACAAGCACACCAUCAAGGUGAAUGAGAAGUGGGAAUGGCUGGGGGUGGAUCUGAAAGGGCCUCUGCCCGAGACCCAGAAUGGACACAGGUUCAUACUGACUUUGAUGGACUAUUACUCCAAAUGGGUGGAGGCCUACCCCAUGAAAUCAGAGUCUGCCGGGGAGGUGGCACUGAAUAUCCGAAACCUCACCUAUCAGUUUGGGUGGCCUCUACGAAUCCUGUCGCAGAUGGACAAGGCAUUUAUCCAAGAGGUGAAUACGGAGCUGGGUAUGUUAUUGGGGGAGAAGGAUGUCUCUCUAAUGACCUUUCACCCUGAAGCCAGCACGCGGGACACUGUCUCUCAGUGCUUUGUAGACAGAAUGGUGUCAGAGCUGGUCAGGGACCACCAAGAGCGCUGGGAUGUGCAGCUUCCUGCCAGCGUGUUCGCCCUGCGCCUCAGGCAGCACCCCAGUACUGGACACAGCCCCUUCUACAUGCUGUACCGCAAGGAGCCCCGUCCGGAUUUCAGCAGCACCACCCAGGAGCUGCCUCUGCGUGAGGACCUCAUUAGGAGCAGUGGUCUUAUGAUCCCCGAAGUCAAGUUCUUCUCGAGCAUGCAGCACCGAGACACGGUACCUCCACGUGCAGAGCACAUUACUCAGGCAGUGUCCCAGCAAGGCCAGAAGGAUGGUGACACGCUCACGUGUGAUAAGCAGCGGCCAGUCUUCUUGGUGACGCCCCUGCCCCUGGCCCCCUCCAACACCCAGCAAAGCGAAAGGAGGACUGCAGAAGAAAACAUUGCCGAGUCAAAGUCUUCACAAGAUCUGAGGGAUGAGAACAACGCCAUCACAGAAAAACGGAGGAAACCUCGAGGUGCUAACAUCCAGCAUCCAGCAAGAAGAAUCCUCCUCCAGAGGAUCCACCCUGAAGACUUUGCACUCAGUGUAUAAUGGAGAAAAGGAAGAAGUUGCUUUUUGGCAGUGUGAGUAUUCCCUGCUUUUCCAGAAUCUCACAGGAGAGAGACGAAGAGGGCAAGAACCUGCAGAUAUCGGAUGAGUCAGCCAGCCAGGCAGGGAUAGAGCACACGGAGAAGGGGAGUGACAAAGGACCUGGAUUUAUCAUGUCUCUGUGUACGGCUUCCUGGUCCUUCUGUAAGAUGACCUCAUACAUACCUAUGAAGGGAGCGAGGCUUCAGGAACUGCUAAAGCUGCAACAGAGUUUUCAUGUGUUUCAAGUGUUUUUCCUUGGGCUGCAAUGUGUUCUCAUUGCUUCAUACAAGUCACUGAUUGCAUAAGGUAACUCAGUUAUUCCUCACAUACAUGUGUCUAUUGUCCUUGUUGUUGUGUUCAUAGUACAGUAUGGUGGAGAUUUGAACUUAAAAAAAAAAAAAAAAAAAAAAUCUUCAGUUAUUUCCUUAAUACAUUUGUUUAAUGCUGUUUGUUGUCAUGGAGAAGAAGACUGAGAUGUACUCAAAGUAAAUUUUCUGGAAUCUG